GACUCCCUCUUAAUGAUGUCAUCACUGGUAUUACACACACAGUGGGCACCUCAGACUCACGGUCAAGGCUAUUCCUGCUCUUUCAGCUUGCCUUAUUCAUCAUUAUGCGUGAGAUUGUUCAUCUACAGAUCGGACAGUGUGGGAAUCAGAUCGGCUCUAAGUUCUGGGAGGUGAUCAGUGAAGAACAUGGUAUUAACAGAACAGGAACAUAUGAGGGCGACAUGGACCUUCAGCUGCAGAGGAUCAAUGUGUACUUCAAUGAAGCACACGGUGGCAAAUAUGUUCCAAGAGCAUUGUUAGUGGACCUGGAGCCAGGCACUAUGGACAGCGUGAGGAGCAGCCACAUAGGACAGCUCUUCAGACCGGAUAAUUUUAUACACGGAAAUUCUGGAGCUGGCAAUAACUGGGCCAAAGGUCACUAUACUGAGGGCGCAGAACUUGUGGAGCAGGUUGUGGAUCGUGUCCGUAAUGAAGCGGAGAGCUGCGACUGCUUGCAGGGGUUCCAGUUCGUCCACUCUCUAGGUGGUGGCACCGGUUCGGGAAUGGGUACCUUGAUUAUCAAUAAGAUCCGAGAGGAGUACCCUGACCGCAUCAUGAAUAGUUUCAGCAUAAUGCCCUCGCCGAAGGUCUCCGAUACUGUAGUGGAGCCGUAUAACGCGACCCUAUCAGUUCACCAGCUGAUUGAGAAUACAGAUGAGACGUUUUGUAUUGAUAACGAAGCGCUGUAUGAUAUCUGCUUCCGCACUCUCAAGCUCACAACGCCAACUUAUGGAGAUCUCAACCACCUCGUAUCCCUCACCAUGAGUGGGGUCACCACCUCCCUCCGCUUCCCAGGUCAACUGAACGCUGACCUUCGGAAGUUGGCCGUCAAUAUGGUGCCCUUCCCGCGUCUCCAUUUCUUCAUGCCUGGUUUCGCUCCUCUCACAGCACGUGGUAGCCAACAAUACAGUGCCCUAACGGUGCCCGAGCUCACCCAGCAGAUGUUCGACGCCCGUAACAUGAUGACCGCGUGCGACCCGCGUCGAGGACGCUAUCUGACAGUGGCGGGCAUUUUCCGUGGUCGCAUGUCCACUAAGGAGGUUGAUGAGCAGAUGCUCGCCAUUCAGCAGAAGAACAGCAAUUACUUUGUGGAUUGGAUCCCUCACAACGUCAAAGUCGUUGUUUGUGAUAUCCCGCCACGAGGCCUCAAAAUGGCCUCCACAUUCAUCGGAAACAACACCGCCAUCCAGGAGAUAUUCAAGCGCAUAGGGGAGCAGUUCUCGGUCAUGUUCCGACGCAAGGCCUUCCUGCAUUGGUACACGGGGGAGGGCAUGGAUGAGCUGGAGUUCACAGAGGCGGAGAGCAACAUGAAUGAUCUGGUUUCAGAAUACCAGCAAUAUCAGGAUGCCACAGCCGAUAUGGAUUACGACGCAGAAGAUGAAGUGACAGAAGAGGAGGGUCUGCCAUCAAUAGUACACAGCACUCGAGUAGAGGUUAAGACGGAGUCGGUCGCUGAAACUUCUGACGGCGAAUGACGCGAGGGCUUUAGUGAAUAUGGCACGAGUGGAUGUGAUUCUGUCAAGAGUGAAAUCAUUCAGUGGCCACAAAAAGUAUUUAGACACUUAAGAUACCCUUAAAAUGGAUGUUAUGAAUUGCAUUGCAUUAGAUAAAGGGGCAUCUGAACUUCAAAUAUGAUAAUCGCAGUGUCCAAAGUGUCGUUUUGAACAUCUCUUCAACAUUUACAACCUAUUGAAAUGUAUUUUUGUUUUUAUAUUUUAUGUAAUUCAAUGACACUGUUCCUCAAGUGUUCAAAUACUUUUUGGAGCCACUGUACAUAGCAAACUGUGAAA